GCGUCUAACGCCUCUUAUACCUCAACCGCCUUCGCGCCCAGCUCGCUGGUUUACGCGCCUUCGGAGCUCGAGGUUUGUCGGAGCUCGUGCUUUGUCUGGAGCCGGUGCUCUUUUUCUCAGCCUUUCUUUUUCGGGACCUACUGUACCCGUUCGUCCUGCCUAGCAGUGAAAGCUGCUUCAGAGCUCUCAGCUAUGGCUUCAAACAACUUUAUCUACAUCACCACAGAAAACUCGGAGGUGGCUACCGAGUUUAUAGGACUGCACCAGAUCCAUCUAGAGACUAUCACUAAUGUUCCGGUGGAGCCCGUGGCAAUCGAAACCAUAGCGUACGAGGAUAUCAGCGGCAAUUGGGUCCACGGUGGCCACAACAAUCCGCCUCUGAUUGCGCUGCAGCCACUCAUUAGCCCGAACGAAGGCGACCACGGCCAAGAAAUGAUCAUGGUGCAAACCCAGGAAGAAGUGGUGGGCUACGAGUCAGACAGCCUGCAGGCUAACAACUUCCAGGAGCAGCAGGUGGUCGUCCCGGUCGAGGAAAAUGCCUACGUCCAGCCGGCUCCAGCUCCUCUGUCAGCUUCUGGGUCAUCAUCGACCAAGAAGCGCAACAGCCAUGGCAAAAAGCCCAGCAGAGGUAAGAAAAGCGCUACCAGUAGCGCUACCAGCAGCGCUACCAGCAGCGCUACCAAGGCAGGCAGGAAGUGGGAACAGAAACUGGUUCAGAUCAAAACUCUGGAGGGUGAGUUCUCUGUCACCAUGUGGUCCCCAGUUAAGAAAGGAGACCAGGAGACUGAAGGACAGAAAACUGUGAGCUCAUCUCCUGACUAUUCAGAGUACCUGACGGGAAAGAAACUUCCUCCUGAAGGAAUACCUGGCGUUGACCUAUCAGAUCCCAAGCAGCUGGCAGAAUUUGCUAAAACAAAGCCAAAAAAACCCAAAGACGAUAUUCCAAGAACAGUGCCUUGCCUUCAGACAGGCUGCGGAAAGAUGUUCCGGGAUAUCGCUGCUAUGAGAAAACAUCUGCACACCCACGGUCCUAAAGGCCACAUAUGUGCUGAAUGUGGCAAAGGUUUUGUUGAGAGCUCAAAACUAAAACGCCAUCAACUGGUGCAUUCUGGAGAGAAGCCCUUUCAGUGCACAUUCGAAGGCUGCGGAAAACGCUUUUCUCUGGAUUUUAAUUUGCGUACACAUGUGCGAAUCCAUACAGGCGACAGGCCCUACGCCUGCCCAUUCGAGGGUUGUGAUAAGAAGUUUGCUCAGUCAACUAAUCUGAAAUCUCAUAUCUUAACACAUGUUAAGAACAAAGAGAGCCAGUGA